CCUCCCGUCGGCCUCCAAGGUCCACCGCGCACGCCGACCCCGCCGCCCGCGUCCGGACACCGCCUGCCAGCGCUCCCGUGUGUCUGUCGGCCUCCUUUCUCCCGCGCCCUCUCCUCCACCCAAACCUCCGCCACCUCGGCGCUCCACCAAACCGGUGACGGGGACGCGUCUCUCUCUCCCUCCCUCUCACACACAUCCUGCUUGCUUCUUGAACCUUCACCUUGGCCGACCUGACCUGAGCAGAGCAGAGCAGAGCUGCCGCCGGCCCCGUUCCUUAACCAGAUCCGGGCGAAUAAGCGCAGCUCUCCUUGGAUCUGAGAGGGGAGAGGCGGCGGUUCGCGCGCUGAGCAGGCGCGUGAGCUGCAGGAGGCAGCGUCGGCUCGCCCUGCCACGCCCCACCCCCCCUGGGAGGAGCUCUACCCCAGCGGCAGUGCAAGGCCACAGCCGGCACAGCCCUCUCGGAGGAAAAUUAUUUGUUCUGCUUAGUUGAACAAGUACGCGCCGGACAAGUAAAUGGGAGUUCAGGCAGAUCGAAGACCUCCUGGGGGUCUGGAUGGCCUCUAUGGGGUACAACUUGCGGGCCGGUCACCGUACAGUGAUGAUGAAGUUAUCAAAACAAGCAUUAUGGAUUCGUCAGCUAUGGAGCAGCAGGGGGGUGUCGGCAUGACUCGAAGUUUGAAGAUCAAGCAACUCUGGCGACAGAGACCCCCAUGCCUGAAGCCUAUCCACUGUAGUCUCUCAUGUGAUAAAAAUGUAGCUGAAACUGUUGCUAAUGUUGUCACGUCACUUCCUUUCAUCUUUCUUGGACUGCAGACACCAAGAAAGACCUUGAAUACUGCACUUUAUGCUAACUCACUAAUUGGAGUUGGAGUUGCAUCUAGCUUGUAUCAUACUUCACGAGGAGAAAUCAGGAAAUACAUGCGGUGGGCAGACUACACAAUGAUCGCCACCACAACACUGUGCCUAACAAGAGCGCUUCGGGAUGAACAUCCAAGAUUACUAAUGGCGGCAUCAACGUUGCUCCUGCCAUUCCAGCCCUUGAUGGUCACAGCCCUUCACACUGGGAUGAUGGAGGUUUCAUUUGCGAAACGAGCAUCAACAGAACCAGAGCUCAAGACGGCACAUAACCUCCACAGGAUGUCGUCUCUGCUGGGUGGUGCGCUGUUCAUCGCCGAUGAUGUCUUCCCGCAGACCCCCUACAUCCAUGCGGCAUGGCAUCUAGCCGCAGCGUUAGGCGUCUGCACAUGCAACAAACUCCUUGAAUGACGGCAUAAUGAGCUUAUAUGUUCUUGCAUUGCCCCUCCAGCUGUCAACAAACUGUUGAUAGCAAUUCAUCAACCUGUCGACAUUUUCAACUGCACAUUGCAUAGGAUCGGUUUACAUUGAGCCGAAGAACAUUGGAGAAUUACUAGAGUAUAUUGCUCUCUCGGGGUUAGACGGCCUAAGGUAUAAGUUUGUAACUGUAUUUGUUGUAUAUGUAUAUUGUAUGUCGUAAUUGUUUUCCCACAAAUACUGUGAUUAGAUGUAAAGAUAUUUUGUACUUAUGUUCUAUAUUUGCUGUUGUAGUUUAGUAGAAUGAAGACAAUUUGGUUGUUGGCA